CAUCGAAUUCGAUUUGCACAGUUUGAUUCUGGAUAAGCUGUCCAAAGUGUUGAGUUCAAAUCAAAAUACAUCAGAUGAAGAAAUAGAUCACUUGAUUGCAAGAUGUCCUGUUCUUUCAGAAUCUUCACUUGGACUUAUGAUACAACCAUAUCAAGAUGGCAUAAUUGCCCUAUCAUCAUUUGCUGCAUCCACAAACAACAAGUUGCAUGUUGAACGUAUACUGGUUCUUUUGUUAAAAUAUCUUCAAAAUCUUCCACAUUUCAAAUUUGAAGAGACUUUGAAAUGGAAAGAUCUGUGUCCACCUGACGAACUUGCGGGAAGAUUGAUUGGGGAGUUGCUAAAUGUUGCUCGGAAUUUCCCUGACACACGGGAGGAAAUUGUUGGAGCAAUUUUGAAUCUCACUGAACGUCUUGUUAAUCUUUUGCAAAGCGAAGAUGAUGUUGCAAAUUUGGCGAUUACAGUUCUUCCUCUUAUAAAUGGAACGUUGAGAUCGCUACAAAUCUCGUCACUCGAAUGGACACUUGCUGACUUUGAAGCUAUAAACAAUUUGUCACUAUCGCUCCUCUCAAACGAACUCAUACAGCAUAUCAGUGGAAUAAUAGAAAAAAUCUUGAAAUCUAAUGAUGAUAGCGAUUACUAUGCCAAGAAAGUAUUAUUUCGAUAUUCUAAUUCACAUAUACUUCUUUCAAGUAAUGGACUGGUACUUAAUGUAUUACAGCUGAUGCAAAAUAUGUUGGCUAGAAUUUUGCUCAUUACAAGUAACAAUGAAGUUGUAAUUAUGGGGCCUGAUCAAGUAUGGACAGCUUUGGUGAGCUCUGGAAUGAAUGUCAAUUGGACUCUGGAUGAAAAAACAAAAAACGUUCUUAGGGGAACAUAUGUCAUGGCACUUCAAUAUUAUACCGAGUUAGAGAAGUUAAUGGCACAAGGAAAGGAUGUUCCAACUGCGAAAUCCGUCAUAGAGAUAAUGGCAGCAAGCUUAAAAUUGGCGGCUGUCGCUGGCGUAUGUCUACAUGAAGUUGACUAUGACUUAAAUACAAAAAUAUCCCGCACCUUAUUUAUUACUCCACAAACACCAGACGUGAAAGUUCAGACGGCUGCCUUAGAUGCUGCAGCAUUGAUAUCAUUGAAUUUUCCGCAAAAGUAUGCUUCAACAACGAUUCAACUUAUUAAGAAAUUUCUCACCACUCCAUCAACAAUUUUCGAGCUGGCGACAACGGCUGCUGAUAAUCUUACGAUUCAACGAUAUGCGAUCCGGAGACUCGCGGAUUGUCUGAGAGCCACGAACGACGAAAAUCAAAUUGUAUCUAUGAUAUAUGAAUUACAAAAUAUGCUUGUAGCUAGGGGCUAUGAUCGCUCACCCUCAAGGAACGUUCCUGCCGAUCAUAUUUCCAUAAACAGUUCAACAUCAGGCACGGAAGAGCAAAAGCUCCAAGUCUGCGAAAACCUUGUCUGUACUAUCGCUGGUAUUACUUGUAUAUUGCAAAUCGAUAAGAUCACGUCUCUUGCUGAGCCAAUCUUACGACAACGGAUUCGCAACCAUGCCCCUGCAAUUGAUGUUAUUAUUCUUGAAAAUCUGGUGAAUAUUGCAUUAAUAGCACCGAGGAAAGUGUUUGAAGACAUAUUGCAGCACUUUUCAACAAUUAGCAUGCAAUCACUCUCACCAAAGAACAAAAUUAUUACUACAGCUGUUUUGAAAUGUCAACACGAGCUGGCCAAUAGAAUCAGUGCGCGUCCAGAAUUCUAUGAUUUUUAUUUAACCAAAAUAUUGGAACUAUUCGUUGAAAAAGGAGUGGUUAUCCAAAAAACUGUGGCAGAGCAUGGAAGGGUCCAAGUAACAUCGCUUGCAGCGGAAUUAGGCAUACUACUCCCCAUACUCUCAACACUCUUGUCACAUCGUGACUUUAUAGCGCACUUGAAUCCGUCGGAGGAUCUUGUUAGUUUGUUUCGAAAUGUUUGGUUCCACUGCGUCCUCUAUGGCUUCGUAUCCGAAACUACAUGGAUGCGUGAAUGGUGUGAUUCAUUGGUUAUCAUUGCCCAAAAGACUCCCCCAUUGGUGCUGGAAAGUGCAACAAAUUAUUUGGAAUAUGAUUUAGAAUACAAUUCUGUGUUAGUAAGAGGUUACUCUGAACAGGAUUUGGUAAAUUUACGUGCCCUGUUGUCUGGAUUUCUCCCUGAACAUGCAUAUGAGAUUCGGAAUUAUUCGUUUGCGCAGAUUACAUUUUUGCUUUCUGUCUACCAUAUCGAAACCAUGCGUGCUCAGAAAGGACAGUUCUCGUUUCUUACGAGGUAUUUCGUUAAUCAAGGUGUAAACACCAGCAAGCUUGUUCACUGCAUGGAGGAGAUUGCUGAUCAGGUUAUGCAAGUUUUCAUCAACGAGUGUAAUAAUAGAGUUCUGGCUCAUACUGUUGACGACGACCUUCAAGAACAAGUGUGCAAUCUGAUGAUUGCUUCAUGUCACCGCUUUCAAAAAGUUCACAAAUUGGCCAUCAAAUACCUUGAUUUGCUGUUUACAUCUUUUCAACCACUUUUGUGUAACAAGAAACUAGUUUAUUUGCUAUUGGAAUUGAUCGAGUUGUUGUGGAAAAGCUGUGAUGCGGAAAACAUUAAUGAGUACUCCCCAACAUAUACGUUCAGCAUACCCAAAUUUGGAAUUACCAUAGAAUUUACUGAUUCAUAUGCGUAUCGGCGAGAAGUCUUGUCUCGGUUGUGUGAGAAUGGAAGAAAGUGGUUGAAAGCAGCAAAUGCAUGCAAUAGCUCGGAUCUCAAAGGAAUUUUAGAGGGCUAUUUAUCCGAAUCCGAUUUUGAGGGUACAGUUCAUAUGGGUCGUUCUAUCGCCUUGGAGAUCGGUAAAUCCUUUUCCAAUACGGAUUACAAAACAGGUGUAUUUCCACAAGUACCGGAAGCCGUACUGGAUGUUGCAUCUGAGUUUAUAACUGAUUAUUCUAUGAGGAGACGUUAUCGGGGUCAAGUAGCAGAGGCCUACCAUUGGUUUAACGUUAUUGAUGAUGGAGAUUUGCAGAGUGAAAAGAUGAUAAACAAGAUGAUAAACGGAAUUUCCGACCAAGUAAUUGAUAGGCAACUCAAUAAAGCACGAGAGACACUUGGGAAAUUGGAAGCAAAUGCUCGUAAACAUGCGCGCAUUUCUUUAAAGGAGCUCAGCAGUAAAUUGCAUUUUGCAGCCGAAAUUUUAAUUGCAUCAUCGCAGGUUGACGAAAACAUAAUAAGCCACCUUGUAUGGAUUCCUGUUUGUAUAUUCUGUCCAGGGUCUUUGAAAAUUGGUAUUUCGAUAUGGAAUUGGGUAAUUAACGAGAAACCGGAAAUAGAAAAAAGAAUCAUGUUAGAGAUUGUUAUUGCAUGGGUGUGGAGUGUGAGGCAACACAAAGGGCUUUUUUCAUCUGCGUUAGAAUUUAGGGACCCGUUUGUGAACAAGAUGGAAUAUGCUCCAUCUGACAAGGAUACCAGGAAUAAAUCAAUUCGAUACCGAAGCCCUGAAUUAACAGAUACUUAUUUAAGACUUCUUGAGAUUACUCUUGACGAAUACGAUUCUAUGAGCAACCAUCCUCUAUCACGGGAAUGUCGGUUCGAAAUUUUAGUACUCGGAUUCAAGGUUUUGCAGUCAACUAGGAUGGAAGCAUUAAUUGAAUACCAAAUGAGAGAAAGAUUAUAUAAAACAGCGUUUUCUUGGUUUACCUUUCCACCAAGAUGGGGUUAUGGUGCCAACAAGCGUGCAGCAAUCAUAGAAUACAAGCUUAUGCUUGAGCUUUACAGACUCGUUGAGACUGAUAAGGCUUGUCUUGAUAUUAUUUUGUCGAGUGCUUCCAAGAAGUCCAUUAAGACUGCUUUAAACGAUGGUACCUUGUACAUUGGCGAUAAAUCUCGCAGUGACAUUCUAAAACAGUCGGUCGAUGCAAAGAACUUGCUGCUUUUAUUCCUUGAGAGUGAGAUAUCUCGAGUGGGCGUCUGGACGAAUACCGUCAAUGUCCAAUAUCAACUAAAGGAAACGGCUCUCCCUUUAAUGGGACAAAACACGACAGAGGAGAAUUGGAAACGAGCAAUUCGAUAUGCAUGGUUCAUAUCACCUAGCCUCCCAAUCCAACUUUCUGCAAGGUUUAAGAUGUCAGUCGUGCAAAAUACUGUGUUGGAACUUUUGCGCUCUCAAUCCCAUGAAGCUGUUGCAGUUGCUGAGGCGCUUCCACUCUUGCUUGGCAAGAAGCUAGAUGAAAGUUUAUCGUCGCAGCUCAAAUAUUUGUUAUAUUGGAAGCCAGUGCCUCCGGUUACAGCAGUCACAUACUUUUCACCAAAUUACAACAAUCACCCAUUGGUAUUGCAAUAUGCCAUGCGCUCGCUCGAAUAUCAUCCGGUGGAUGUGGUCUUUUUCUAUAUACCGCAGAUAGUUCAAGCAUUAAGAAGUGAUACGUAUGGAUAUGUCGAAAGAUUUAUAAUGGAAUCAGCAAAGAUUUCUCAACUGUUUGCACAUCAAAUAAUUUGGAACAUGAAGGCCAAUAUGUUCAAAGAUGAAGAAUGCUCAAUGCCUGACUCACUUAAACCCGCGCUGGAUCGUGUUAUUGUAAAUAUUGUGGAAUCCUUGUCUGGAGAAGACAAAGUCUUUUACGAAAGAGAAUUUAAAUUCUUUGAAGGUGUUACUUCGAUUUCUGGCAAGUUGAAGCCAUACAUAGGCAAGAAAACUGAGGAGAAAAAGGCAAAGAUAGACGAAGAAAUGAAAAAGAUUAUUGUAGAUGUUGGUGUUUACCUUCCCAGUAAUCCCGAGGGGAUCGUUGUUGGUAUUGACUAUAAUUCAGGAAAACCUUUGCAAAGUCAUGCAAAAGCACCGUUUCUGGCAACCUUUAAGAUAAGGAAAACUCUGCAUGAAUCUGAAGAGGUCACAGAAGAGUUUAGUAAUCGCACCGAUAUGGAUGAAAACCCAGACGACGAACUCAAAACUAUUGAUGUGUGGCAGUCUGCUAUCUUCAAAGUUGGAGAUGACUGCCGUCAAGACGUGUUGGCUCUUCAGCUGAUUGCUAUAUUUAAAAAUAUAUUUACUAGCAUUGGACUUGAUUUAUAUCUUUAUCCAUAUAAAGUUGUUGCAACGGCACCUGGAUGUGGAGUCAUUGAUGUUAUACCAAAAGCAUUGUCGAGAGCCCAAGUGGGGACGCAGAAGGUCAACGACUUAUAUACAUAUUUCCUUACAAGAUAUGGUGGAUUGGAUUCAUUGGAAUUUCAAAAGGCCAGGAACUGUUUUAUUCAGAGUGCAGCCGCGUACUCGGUUGUUUCGUAUAUUUUGCAGAUAUCAGAUAGACACAAUGGCAAUAUAAUGUUAGACGAUGAUGGACACAUAAUUCACAUUGACUUUGGAUUUAUUCUUGAUAUUUCGCCCGGUGGCAUCAAAUUUGAGAGUUCGCCAUUCAAACUUACAACAGAAAUGAUUCAAGUGAUGGGAGGUGGUGCAGGAGUUCAACCAUUCCAAUGGUUCUCAGAGCUAUGUAUCAAAGCAUACCUGGCCUUAAGGCCAUACGCUGAACAGAUAACACAAUGUGUUGCAUUAAUGCUUGGUUCAGGCCUUCCUUGUUUCAAGGGCGAAUCGACUCUCAAGAGAUUGCAACAACGGUUCCAGUUGGACAGGACAGAGCGCGCUGCCGCAGAAUUUAUGAUGGAAAGGAUAUUCCAAUCAUUCGAGAACAGACGAACCGUGUUUUACGACUACUUCCAGAAAGCAACAAAUGGAAUUCCAUAUUGA